AUGAAUUCAACUAAAAGGCUGAAAAUGUCAACAACCUUUCAUGAUUAUGACUUGGAAGAGCCAUUAACCUCAAAUGCCAGACCACUAAAGAACUCCGUUAUUACAAUCCGAGUAAUAAAAUCUUUCCCAUAUAGAAACGUCAAGAACAUAGUGCUGCACGAUUACGAUCUUGCUGAUAAAACUGCAAAGGACCUGUUCAAUGACGUUUUGAACAAAAUUCAAAAUGAAGGUUCAUUCAGACCAUUCCGUAAUGUUAAGUUUGAUACUUUAAAGAUAUACACGCACGCACAUGGUUCCAAGACGGUUAAUCUCGUGAUCAAUUUUGACCACGAUGACGACUGGACUUUAGACAUAGAGAAUGACAAAAAAAAGCUGUUCGAGUAUGGCAUUGAGAAUGAAACCGAAAUUUCGCUUUUCAACAAAGAGGAUUACCUAAGGUUUAAAGAAAACCCUGAAGAAAAAUGGUGA